CAGCAGGGUUUACUCCGGUAAUCCAGCAGCAGCAGUCUCCUGUAGUCCCGGCUACUGGCUGCAUCGCACUCCCCGGAGCCCGCACCGGGAAUGAGUCUGCAGGUUCCCCGUAUAAAGUGACCCGGGCAGCGGGGAGAACUUGGUCUCUGCAGCAGAUCAGAUGCCCAGACUGGGGUCCCCCCCGGAGCCGGGCAGCAGCAGCAGCAGCACCCUCUGCUAUCUGGAGGAAGGGGAGUGUGGUGCAUGCUGCCAGAAGGAUGGGGGUGCCCUGCACUGGAUUGCACUCCUGUGCCCACAGCAAUGACCUCCAGCAUCUUGACAAGUAACAUCAUUCUCCAGCAGUGUCCCCUCUAACUUCCCACAAACUGCCAUGCAUGCAUAUAAUUACCAGCCGUCCCGAUUUUCUACCUUGCACCUGCACCCCAGCUCCUCCUGCCUCCUAAUGACCUUAGCAAAGACCUUGGUGAUUCUUGCAGGAGAUAAGGUGCAGCCAGUGUCCUGCAAUCCAAGGUCAGUAUAGUCAUUAGAACACUACUCUCCUCUGCUGUAGACCCAUACUAUGUGCAGCCUUGCCACCCUGCAUGAAGAGAUGCCCGUCUGUGUGCUGGACUGCACCUCUUGGAUUCCAAGGCUGAUCCCAGUUUUUUGGAGGAUCUGAUGUUGCUCCGCAAAUUAAAUCCAGAUAUCACAUUAACCUUUAGCAGGUUGGCUGCAACAAUUCAUAAAGAUGAAGGGACUUAGUGCCCGCUCCUGCUAUGCCAGUCACAGCACUCGGUUGGCUCUGUGAUGUGAAGACGUUGCAUUGGGAUUAUGCACUUCAAGCCAGCAUGCUGCCCAGGGCAGUGACCAUCAACCGCAAGGUAGACCCAUAGCAGACCGCCAGCCACACAGCUAGGCUGGGUACCAUGCCCACAGAUGUAUUUCAGUAAACUUCAAAGGAGAAAACAACAAGAGCUGUACAGAUCUACCAUGGAGCUAUCUGAGGUGAGGUGCUCCAGUGCCACCGAUGAACUCUACACCAUCAACAGGACUCCAACCAUCAACAGCAACACAAGACCCAAGAGACUGCUUUGGCAGACUGCAGUGAGGCACAUCACUGAGCAGAGGUUCAUUAAUGAACAAAGCAGCGCUAAGACCCUCUCUUCCGAUGACUCCUACACCGCCAAUGCCAAUAGGCAAUUUGGCAAGAUAGCCAGUGGGGACAGGCACAACAACGGAGGCACCAAAGUCUUCCCAGAGAGGACCAGUAGCGACCUGGGCUUCCUGCACUUAGACUGCGCUCCCAGCAAUUCGGAUUUCUUUUUGAACUGGGGCUACACCUAUAGAGGGGUAAUAUUCCCCACCCUGAAGAACUCUUUCAAGUCCAGAGACCUAGAAAGGCUUUAUCAGCGCUAUUUUCUAGGUCAGCGGCGCAAGUCGGAAGUAGUCAUGAACAUCCUGGAUGUGUUGACCAAGCUCACUCUGCUGAUCCUUCAUCUCACGUUGGCCUCAGCACCUAUGGACCCCAUCAAAGGCAUCUUGUUGGGCUUUUUCACUGGGAUUGAGGUGGUAAUUUGUGCCUUAGUAGUUGUCAGGAAGGACACAACCUCUUACACGUAUCUACAGUUCAGUGGGGUGGUGACAUGGCUAGCCAUGGCUACCCAGAUCCUGGCAGCUGGUCUAGGAUACGGCCUUUUAGGGGACGGUAUUGGCUAUGUACUCUUCACUCUUUUUGCUACUUACAGCAUGCUUCCAUUGCCCCUUACCUGGGCUAUAUUGGCUGGAUUGAUAACUUCCCUUCUACAAAUUGUGAUGCAGUUGGUGAUUCCCAGGCUUGCAGUGACUUCCAUCAAUCAGAUUGUGGCACAAGCUGUGUUGUUUAUGUGUAUGAACACUGCCGGAAUCUUCAUUAGCUAUCUGUCAGACCGGGCUCAGCGGCAAGCCUUCCUGGAGACCAGGAGAUGCGUGGAAGCAAGGCUGAGGCUGGAGACGGAGAACCAGAGACAGGAAAGGCUCGUCCUCUCUGUAUUACCUCGAUUCGUUGUACUUGAAAUGAUCAAUGACAUGACCAAUGUAGAAGACGAACAUCUACAGCAUCAGUUUCACAAGAUUUAUAUCCAUCGCUAUGAAAAUGUCAGCAUUCUUUUUGCAGAUGUAAAAGGAUUCACCAAUCUGUCCACUACCUUAUCAGCACAAGAGCUAGUCCGAAUGUUAAAUGAACUCUUUGCGAGAUUCGAUCGCUUAGCGCAUGAACAUCACUGCCUUAGAAUUAAGAUCCUGGGGGAUUGCUACUACUGUGUGUCCGGCCUUCCUGAGCCCCGGCAGGACCAUGCUCAUUGUUGUGUAGAGAUGGGACUCAGCAUGAUCAAAACGAUUAGGUAUGUAAGAUCGAGAACCAAGCAUGAUAUUGACAUGAGGAUAGGAAUUCACUCUGGUUCUGUCUUGUGUGGCGUGUUGGGACUCAGGAAAUGGCAAUUUGAUGUGUGGUCGUGGGAUGUGGAUAUUGCAAACAAACUGGAAUCAGGUGGAAUUCCAGGGAGAAUUCAUAUAUCAAAAGCCUCUCUUGACUGCCUUAAUGGGGAUUAUAACGUAGAAGAAGGACAUGGCAAGGAACGAAAUGAAUUCUUGAGAAAACAUAACAUUGAGACCUACUUAAUAAAGCAACCUGAGGAGAACCUGCUAACGUUACCUGAGGACAUAGUGAAGGAAUCUGUCAGUCCAACGGACAGGAGAAACAGCGGGGCAACUUUUACAGAGGGAUCCUGGAGCCCAGAACUUCCAUUUGAUAACAUUGUGGGCAAACAGAACACUCUGGCUGCUCUAACAAGAAAUUCAAUAAAUCUGCUUCCAAACCAUCUUGCACAAGCUUUGCAUGUCCAGUCUGGGCCUGAGGAGAUAAACAAGCGAAUAGAACACACCAUCAACUUACGGAGUGGAGAUAAAUUGAGAAGAGUGCAUAUCAAGCCUUUCUCACUGAUGUUUAAAGACUCCAGCCUGGAGCAUAAGUAUUCUCAAAUGCGGGAUGAAGUGUUCAAAUCGAACUUGGUGUGUGCGUUUAUGGUUCUUAUUUUUAUAACGGCGAUCCAAAGCUUGCUUCCUUCAUCAAGGUUGAUGCCGAUGGUGAUUCAGUUUUCCAUACUGAUAAUGCUGCACUCUGCGCUCGUCUUGAUCACCACCGCCGAGGAUUACAAGUGUUUGCCCCUGGUGCUCCGGAAGACCUGCUGCUGGAUUAACGAGACCUACUUGGCCAGGAACGUCAUCAUCUUUGCAUCCAUUCUGAUCAACUUCCUCGGAGCUGUAAUCAAUAUUCUCUGGUGUGAUUUCGACAAAUCAAUUACCUCAAAAAAUCAGACCUUCAAUUCUUCAGCGUCCGUCACAGACAUUUGCUUUUAUCCUGAGUACUUUGUCUUCACCGGUGUCCUCGCGAUGGUGACUUGCGCCGUGUUUCUGCGCCUCAACUCCGUCCUGAAGCUGGCGGUGCUGCUAAUUAUGAUAGCAAUAUAUUCCCUACUGACAGAAACCAUUUAUACGUCUCUCUUUCUACGAUAUGACAAUUCUCAUCACAAUGGGAACACAGACUUCCUGGGGACAAAAGAGGCUUCGCUGCUGCUAAUGGCUAUGUUCCUCCUGGCUGUGUUCUAUCACGGACAGCAGCUAGAAUACACCGCAAGACUUGAUUUUUUGUGGCGGGUUCAGGCCAAAGAAGAAAUCAACGAAAUGACGGAACUGAGGGAACACAAUGAGAAUAUGCUGAGAAACAUUCUCCCAAGCCACGUGGCCCGCCACUUCCUGGAGAAGGACAGAGAUAAUGAGGAGUUGUAUUCUCAGUCCUACGACGCCGUGGGUGUAAUGUUCGCUUCCAUCCCAGGAUUUGCUGAUUUUUAUUCCCAAACUGAAAUGAAUAACCAAGGUGUUGAAUGUCUACGAUUGCUCAACGAAAUCAUUGCUGACUUUGAUGAGUUAUUAGAUGAAGAGAGAUUCCAAGAUAUAGAAAAGAUAAAAACCAUUGGAAGUACGUACAUGGCCGUCUCUGGGUUAUCCCCGGAGAAACAGCAAUGUGAAGACAAAUGGGGGCACUUGUGUGCGGUGGCUGACUUCUCCAUAGCACUGAAUGAAAGCAUCCAGGAGAUCAACAAGCAUUCAUUCAACAACUUUGAGCUGCGCAUCGGUAUAAGUCACGGAUCAGUUGUUGCCGGAGUUAUCGGCGCAAAAAAGCCUCAGUAUGACAUUUGGGGGAAAACUGUUAAUCUGGCGAGCAGAAUGGACAGUACGGGUGUGAGUGGCAGGAUACAAGUGCCUGAAGAUACAUAUCACGUUCUGAAGGAUCGCGGCUUUGCAUUUGAGUAUCGCGGAGAGAUCUACGUAAAGGGCAUCAGCGAGCAGGAAGGAAAGAUCAAAACAUAUUUUCUUCUAGGAAGAGUUCAGCCAAAUCCAUUAAUAUCACAGCCAAAAAUCAUAACUGGACAAUAUUCAUUGGCAGCUGUUGUACUGGGACUUGUACAGUCUCUUAAUCGACAGAAACAGAAGCAAAUCCUUAAUGAAAAUAACAAUUCCGCCAUCAUGAAGGGACAUUAUAACCGGAGGACACUACUCGCAUCCAGCGGGUCAGAGGUCGUUGCGCAAACAGAGGGAACUGAUAAACCCGAAUUGCCAUAAUAAUACACACAUUUUUUUUUCUUUGAAUUCAUUUUUUUGUAUUUCUUUUAUAUAUAAAUACACAAAUAAAAACUUAUAAUUUUUUUACAAA